AUGCCCGGCUUCUCCGUGAAGGAGCUGAUAUCUGCCGGCGGUAGCUCGAUGGAAAUACUGAAACAGUCUGCGGAGGACACCAAAAACUCCGGCCAGUUUGACAGACCUGUUGACUUUUUGGCCCACCGGUGUCCAGCCCAAAACCCACCUGAAGUGAGUUUGGACGGCUGCUUAGCUGAAAUCGUCAGUGUCACGUCAACCGAUUUGUCGUCCACCAGUGUGGUCGAGAAGGACUCCACGGGGGAUGCUUCGACCCCGGAGUUGGGGCGGAUGAGACAUCUGUUAAAUGCUCUCCUUGGUGCAGGUGAAAGUGCGGUGGCUUCGACGCCGAGUUCUGUGCUGCGGAUAAACAAACUGCCCAACCAGCCUGAAGGAUCGCCACCCGAAUGCCUUCUGUCGCCUACGCUUCUAAACAGCCCGAGUAUGGAUAGAGCAGAGGUAUUGCGGAUAUGCAAAAGUGCCUGGGCUUUUGUUCGGCUAAUGGCCUCGAGAGAGCAAGGUCCUCAGAACCAGCGUCUAGACGAAAAGAUCAGAUCUGUUGCAUCCCUGCUAGAGGACCACCUCUCCCCUCUAUUGUAUAGGCGCCAGGGAGUGCCUUGCAGUUUUGAGACUCUAAAGAACAAAGCACACUACAACACUAACGUGAAUCAACUGAGUGGGGAUACCCCAACUGAACCGGCGAACUUUCUGGAAAACAUCUGUCUUCCCUUCCAACCACCAUUUACAAUCAACUCAGAUUUGGAAAACCCGUUCGAUCUCUCGAAGGAGAGUGAUGUCUUCUUGACAGGUGGGUUUCAUUGCCAUUUUAGAACACAACUUCUUUGACGAUGCUGUUUAGACGGUAUUUGAGGUAUAAUUUGUGGCCCAUUUGAAAGAGCGUUCUUUACGAUUAGAUGAUCGUCAAAAUAUUCCAGAUGGACGUCUAGAAGAGAAGCCGACAGAGCCAACGCUUCAAAAUAAAUUUCAAAUUAUGACCGGCUUCAAAGUCCGGCGUUGGACUUAUCGACAACCCGUAGUUUUAUCAGUUUUAAGGCAUAAAGUGCUCCAAAAUUUUGUGGAAAAAUUUGACUGAAUAGAGUUUAUUGAAAACGAAUCAUAGGAACCUACAAAAAGUCAAUAAGGGAUCAGUUCUCAAGAAGUCCGUUGACUAAUGAGAGACAACCGUCAACAGUGAAUUACCAGAAGUGCCCUUACGUCGGGUUAACCACCAAACGCAUUCUAGCUAACAAACUGUUUGCCGUGAUAAAUCAUGACUACCGGAUUACCUGAAUGAAAACACCUAUGGCACCAUGUGCCUGCAGUUUACCGACUAAUAUUAAGCAUACUUCCAUAGCCUGGGAUGCUAAUUUUUUAGUCCAUUUGCUUGUCAUCAGAAGUAGGACAUGCUUUUGGUUUUGCGGAUGUGAAAUUAAGUGGAACAGAAGUGCAAUCGCCACCGUUUUAACUGGGAGAGAUAGUGAUAGAGGCGACCCUGAACAGAAUAAUUCAACAGACAUUCCGUUAUUCGGUGCCACAGCGAACUACCCCAAAUGCGUUAACAACUUAUCCUAACCAAUAGAUCCUCUCACCCAAGACUGACCAACGUGAUUGGAAACAGAAGUUGGAAACCUAACAACUGCACGAAAUACUCCUAGCAGUUCCACCUGUACAGUUACUUUUUACACAUCUACGACAAGGACUUUGCUUCCAUAGUCUACAUAAUUAUUUAAUUAUGUAAUUAUUUACUGUACCUUCAACAUAGGUACUAGCUAAAAGUCCAGACACGAGUGUUUCGCCGAUCUUGUGCCGCUACCUGACGCAGCUGCGAGGGUCUGUUCUUCGAAAGUCGAUCCGUCGUGAAGGCCCAUGUGACGAAAAGAAGCGCCUACUUGUAAAGGAAAUGGACAGUUUCGAGACGGCAAACAGAGCUGAGCAUGUUUCAACCUAAUCAAGGAGCCCUGGGAGUUGCACUUGGGGGGGAGGGGGGGGUUGAAGGCUUGACCAGGAGGCAUAUCCACAGGCUCAUGGCUCCGCCGGUGCCCUUCAGAUCGAUGGCUUUUGAACAUGUGUCCCAAUUAGAUGCCGUCGGCAUUCAGACUGUGACGACAGUGAUGUGGAUUCCUCCGUACUUAUCCUUGUGCUCUGAAGGAAAACAGUCAGGCAGUCAGUGUUGAUGAUAGGCUGAAAGAAGUGUAUGUGAAGUUGCCGUGUGAUCGGUGCACAAGCAGAAGAGGAAAGCCCGAAUUCAAACCAUACACACCUCCACCCUGCUUGCGUGCUACUGGACUCAGGUUGGCAAUAAAGACACUCCGAAAGAUGGAGCUACCGAGUUUCCCCACCUUUUACAAACUACUCCUGCCCAGCCUUUCUAAUUAACUUAAUCCUAAUUUGAGUGCGAUUCUCGCCUUCCUAUUUAAUAUUUUUACACCGGACGGCGCCCCGUUUGACUAAUUUAUUGAAAUGACUAGGGUGCAGUAGAGCGGCUGGCUCAAGCUCGAUUCCUCUCAGUUAGGAGUACGUGGUCUGUUGUUAAGAGAUGUGCUUGGAUGAUCUUGGACCCUUCUGUAGAGGAGGAUCUGAAUGCGUGGUAAAUUAAUAUCCUCUAUCUUAAUGUUCCCAGCCGACUACGCGGGUGUACAUUUAUGGAAUAUGAAGAAAGUACACGUCAGCCCCAGCCCCACUUGAGUCGAGACACAAUGUUGAAGAGUAAGCAGACAGUGGAUAUUAUCUUUCUAAAUGUACGCCAAACCACCUUUUCAGAGUCAACCUUCCAGCUGAGUCCGUUUCGACAGCAUCGGAAACCAAAACGAAUUCGUACAGCCUUCUCACCGUCUCAGUUACUUCGUCUGGAGAAUGCAUUCGAGACGAAUCACUACGUGGUUGGACAGGAGCGGAAGAAACUGGCCGAUUCUCUCAGUCUCACAGAGACCCAGGUGAGGUGCACGACUGCUGUCUUGUGCCAGAUAGAGAAGUUCAUUUUCUGUACACGGAAGCGGGUUUUGUUCUUUUGACCCCAUUCCUUAACGACUGCCCGAGUCUGUAAACUGCGAUUUAGAAAGCUACACCGAUGGGUGUUAAAAAAACGAAUUCCCAGGCAGCACGGCAAAAUAAGACCAUCACCAUGUCCUAUCUGGAUAGGGCAUGUGAACUUACAUCCUAUUUUGAGGGGUUACGGCUAGGGUUAAUGUUGAGGGGUUAGUGUUGGGUUUGGAUUAGGAGGGUUAUAGUUAGGGCACGCGCAGAGUUACCCCCGGAUCUUUGUGCAAGGUCACCUAUAGUGCAGGGGUUUCUUGUUCCUGUGCCCAAUCCCUGUCUUCUCCAGCCGGAUUUGUUGUGUUAAGCGCCAGAGUCUAAAAACAUGUGCCGAUGACGACUACUACUACUACUACUACUACUACUUCCACCGCUUCCUCCUCCUUCUGUCCCUCCUUCUCGCCCUCCUACUUCUUCUUCUUCUUCUUCUUCUUCUUCUUCUUCUUCUUCUUCUUCUUCUUCUCCUCUUCUUCUUCUGUCUCUUAUCCUUUUUCGGCAACGGUAUAGAGAAGGACCCCAUUUGACUGUCACUAAACUGUGGAUCGUGUCAUACGUGAUUUUUGGUGAAGGGAGUUUUAUGAGUGGGACAGCACGCAGCUGAUAAAAUGAAAGCAGAUACGGAAAUCGCCAGGACUUAUGCAGAAAGUCUUAUCCAACGCUAUUGUACGAUCACGGAAAUAAGAAUAGUAAUUAACCAAUAAACAAAAACAAAUUUCUCAAAAUAACAGAUUUGAAGUUAAGGUGUGGGGUCGUGGGAAGUAAUCGCUGUUGACAGUGUAAUUUCUGCAACAGCCUGCAAAUGUGUGCUAAGAUAAAACCCCAUAUGACACGAUUCAAAGUCUUCUGACAGUUAAGUGGGGUCUACCAUUUUUCUUCUUUUCGCAAAGUCUGUAAUUGGUGUGCUCUCUUUGCCUCAUCACAGAACUUAAAUGGAGUACGGGUUAUGCUUGGCGCAUGACCGAGCAGAUUUUUAGUGUAUCUCCCGCCUACUACCACCGAGUCUGCCGCCUUGCUUGCGUUGGCGCGUUACGCGUGGGGGGAGGUGGACAGACGGACUCAUGCUAGUGUCUUUUUUAUGAACGCGACUCGUCCGGCCCGCAAUGUGGGGACGAACCUUGGCGAGUGAGAGUCGGAAAUCAGUAUCUUAAGUCUGUAUCGCAUGGACAAAAACCACACGCACCUGCGUGCCAGGGGUGUAGGCUAGUAGCACCGUCUGCAUAUCAGUCUGCGCGUGGUCCAAUCCGGCCACCGACUUGACAUCUGCCAGUGUCCGAUUCUGCUGUCCCACUAAAUCCUCGGACUGCCCCCUCCCCCCCCCCCGGUAUGUUCGUGGCUGAGAGGUGAGGGGGGCAACAGAGAAGGGGAGGGCACCUCCGGACGUUCUCGGGGCAAUACUGACUUAUCCACACGCUAAGGCGAUAGCGGUAGCACAAGCGGGACGGGACAAAGCUAAAUCUCAAAGAAUGUGCUGGGACAGGCGGUGUGGAAGACGCACUGGAUGGAUUAGAGGUACUCGGUGUCCUCCUCCGCCCACCAGUUGAGGCGGGAGCAGUUAGGGCUGGCGUUUCUAAUGUACUAUAGAGCCCUCAUGGGAGCUUCCAAGUGUACUCAGCUUUCCACAUUUUGCAAAAUAUCAGUGACAGGACCGAACGGACUGUUCCGUUAAAUGAAUCGCUAUGGCAAAGUACCGCACAACUGCCUAAUGACGGCUAAUAAGCCGAAAAUGCUCCCUUGUCUUUGUUGGCAAUGCUAUUCUGCAUAUAUUCAUGGUCGCUAGGUGACCGUCUUCAUCGGCUGUAGACCCAAUGGGACGAACAUGUCUCAUAACCUGAUCGGUGAACGCAAUUCAAGCAUGAAAUAAGCUUUAUUUUACCACAUAAAUACUAUACCAUCCUGUCCAUGAAGAAUUUCGUUUAAGAAGAAAAUAGUUGCCCAAGCUUUCGUGAAAUUCAUUCACUUAAUUUAUAAAAUUUAAGAAGCUGGUGAUGUGUGCACGUAGAUUCAAAAUAAUACAGGGCAGUACUCACCGUCUGUAGAGUUGCAGAAUGCGUCGAUGACGGAAAAACUCUUCUUCUUAAUCUAGGUGAAGGUCUGGUUCCAGAAUAGACGCACAAAAUUCAAGAGAAUUCGGACGGAAGUGCAGGACGGUACCGGAUCAAACGCUGAAUCUGUGCAGCCAGUGGCAGUCAGUAACAAGGUUGGUUUUUCAAAAAAAGACCCAACCGGCGAAGCUACGAACGACCAAGCCUGCAGAGACGAGUGUCCACCAAUGAACACUUGCAAGGCGGCCAACUUCCCCUUCAGCCAUUCCACGGUGGAUGCUGGUUUUUCGUCCGGCGGAGUGAAGUUCCCUCCUCCGAAACCCGAAUGCGGUGCAAGAAAGAGGCUGACGGGAAAUACCGCGGUAGCCGCAUUUAAAUCGACUUUCAAGGCCCCGGAUUCCAUGUUUUUCACAUCACUGCCCUCCUUUCACCCUGCUGCACCAUCCGCGCCCAGAGCAACUGAUCACCAAGUCCACCAGUGUGAGCCGCCAAAAAUUGUCAACAGUCGCUGUGAUCAGUGGAGAAGAUACUGUUAG